AUGCCUUCGCCGACCUAUGACCAGUCUGAACAUCCACCUUCGUGUCAGACUAAAUUCAAGACAUAUCCGCCAAGUAUCGCUACCAGCAGUAUUGAUACUGGAUCCUCAUCGCCAUCCUACAAAGAGGGCGAUAUUGAGUAUGUCAGCAGAGAAGAUGGUCUACCUCCGAUAGAUGGUGGUAAGCAAGCAUGGUUAUUUUUAAUAGCCUCCGCGAUGCUCGAAGCGUUAGUAUGGGAGACAGGGUAUGCGUUUUCGUUCGGAAUAUUCCAAGAUUAUUAUAGCGCCCAUGAUCCAUUCCGAGGAUCGGCUAACAUUGCUGUUAUCGGAACAUGUGCAAUGGGAAUUGCUUAUUUGAUUGCCCCAUUAGCUAUCGUGGUCAUGAUUAUGGUGCCCGCGUUGCUCGUUGGUUCGUUCUCGACUAACGUGACGCACCUGAUUUUGUCGCAAGGGAUCGGGUUUGGCGUGGGUGGAUGUCUCUCCUAUACGCCCUCGAUUCUAUUCAUGUCGGAGUGGUUCUGCAAGCGAAAGGGCCUGGCGUUUGGAAUCGUGUGGGCGGGUUCAGGAUUGUCUGGAGUGAUUUUCCCAUUGGUUAUCCAGUGGCUUCUCAACCACUACGGAAUUAAAUCCACCCUCAGAAUCUCAGCGGUGGCUCUUUUCAUCCUUGCUGCCCCAUUCCUCUACUCCCACAAGCCUCGUUUACCUAUCCGCGAAAGUGUGUGCCACCGUCGACUCAGCUUCACCUUCCUAUACAGCAAGGUAUACAUUAUCUACCAGCUAGGCAACACCAUUGAGGCUUUGGGAUUUUUCCUUCCUACCAUCUAUCUCCCGACUUACGCCCGCAGCCUCGGUGCCAGCGAAUUCAUGUCCUCGCUCACAGUGACGCUCUUUAAUUUGACUUCGGUCUUCAGUUGUGUGGUCGUGGGAUUUCUGUCAGACCGAUACCAUAUCACCACUUGUAUCCUGGUUUUGACUCAUACGGUUUACUCGCUGGUGGAUACUCGUCAACGUGGUCAGGCGUUUCCAACGAGAUCCAGCGAAAAAAAUCCAGAGGCAGAUGCAACAGUGAUCUUUCCAUUCAUGGAAACCGGUCGUGGAAUAGGCAACCUGGUCAGCGGCCCGCUUAGUGAGGUACUGCUCAAGGCAGAUCACUGGAAAGGCCGUGCGUGGGGAGCUUACGGAAGUGGCUUUGGCACACUUGUGGUCUGCACGGGCGCAACUGCGCUCGUCGGGGGAAUCUCCGUGGUGGCUCGCCAAAUGAAGUGGCUAUGA